AUGAGUGUCCUGGGAUGGCGAAACCUGGUGAGAAGCGGGGGGGAGGAGAUGGGGGGAAGAAGAGAUUGGGGCUUCAAGCAGGUUUCAGAUGCCCACUCUCUUUGCCUCCUCUUCACUGUUAAAUCUUGGUCCAGACCUGGGCAGCCCUGGUGUGAAGUGCAGGGCUCAGUAGACAAAGAGCCUUUCCUUCAGUCUGACAGUGACAGCCAAGCAAUCAAACCUUUGGGUCCCCUGGGUAAGAAGGUAAAUGCCACCAGAACGGGGGAAGAAUUGACCCCAAUGCUGAAAGAAGUGGGGCAAGAGCUCCGGAUGAUCCUGUUUGGCAAACUUGAGGAAACCGAAAUCAGGCGUAAGUGUGGCACAGGUCAUCCCACCCUAGAGGCCAAAGUGCUUUGUCAGUGUGAAGCAGAACAAUGCACUGGUGCAUUCUGGGAGUUCAGCAUCAAUGGGCAGAAAUCUUUCCUCUUUGACACAAUGAACAGAAACUGGACAGUAAUUAAUCCUGGAGCCAAUAGAAUCAAGGAGAAGUGGGAGAAAGACAGGGAACUGACAGAGUAUUUCAGGAAGAUCUCAACGGGAGACUGCAAUCACUGGCUCAGGAAAUUCUUAGAGCAGUGGAAGAUGAUGCUGGAAGUGACUGGAGGUAACUGA